AUGAACACCCCCGGAACUCCAGGCAUCGGCGUGGAGCCGCUUAACACGCCCAGACUGCAGAGGAACCCCACUGGCUAUUUCCGCGUCCCGCUUGCGACCCAUCGGCUUGCCAACAAGGUCGCUUUCAUCACAGGUGGAGGCGGCAAGAUUGGCGUUGAGACUGCUGCCCGGCUCAUCCGCGAGGGCGCAAAUGUCACGUUGAUGGACAUCAGCUUCGACGCCCUGGAACAAGCGCUUGUCACACUCAAGGAUGCUCUUUUCACAGGCGAGAUCGCCUCAUCACGGGUACUAACCGUAGUGGGCGAUGCGUCAAAAGAGGAGGACGUGAUCGCCGCUGUUGACCGAACGCUUAAGAUGUUCAAAAGAGUAGACAUUGCAUUCUUGAACGCCGGCAUCAGUUAUAAGGCCACCCCGUUGUUGGAGACUGACGAGGAGCGGUACGACGAAGUGAUGGGGAUCAACGUUAAGUCGGCAUUCCUAGGACUCAAGCAUGUGGGCAAGGCGAUGAAGGACCUUGGCAAUGGAGGCUCUAUUAUCUUGACUUCGUCCAUCGCUGGACUGCGGGGUACACCCGGUCUCAGCGUCUACUCGGCAUCCAAAUUCGCGCUGCGAGGUCUCGCGCUCACAGCAGCAAACGAGCUUGGCCCCGACGGCAUCAGGGUCAACACAAUCCACCCCAGCGGCGUCGAGUCCCCCAUGUUCCGGGAAGCCUGGAGCGAAGAGCAGCUGGAGGAGCUUAAGAAGGGUAUGCCCUUGGGCCGAUUUGCACAGACGCACGAUGUUUCCAGUGUAGUCGCGUUCUUAGGCCACGAGGAUUCGAAGUUCAUCACGGGUUCUUUCCUUAAGAUCGAUGGCGGUUGCCUCAGUUUCUAG